AUUAAGGAAUGAGUCGAGUUUUAAUUUAAGAAAGCCUAAUAAGCAAACUCUAUUAUGGAAAAAAACUAGAGGAGCACGGCUUCCUCAGGGCUUUUUAGAUAAAUCCUCUUCAACAUCACAGUUGUAUAAACGCCCCCCAUCUACACAGUUCUCCAACUUGUCCUUUUCUUCACCGUCAACUAAACGUCCCGUCUCCACCCAAUUUUAUAACGUUUUUAAACCAGAUAUCCACAAGAAUCCCUUUCUUGAAAACUUUGAACUUGAAGAAAAAGGCAUGGAAUUCUCGUUGGACGAGGAAAUGAGUAAAUCUACUCACUUGACGGGAACUUGCAUGACUAUGUGCUCUCAAAAGGAAGCAGAAGAGAGAGAAAGUUCCAAUGACUUGAACAUCUUUGAGUGUUUGUCUCCCAAAGAAUGGAAUUCCGAUGGGUUCCCGAAGGUUGACUUUGAAAAAGCCAUCUCGAAGUACACGAGAUCUUUUGCGGACAGAACAAUUGAUGAAAGCGAUCUUCGGCCCGUUCCUGUUCUACAUAAAACUACCGAAUACAUGCUUAAAUUAAUGGACAACUAUAAGGAUGUUACUUCUGAUUUUCUUCAACUGUACAACUUUCUUGAGGAUCGAAUGCGUUGUGUGUUUCAAAAUUUAACUUGUCAACAUAUACGUUCGCUGGAGGCCGUUUAUAUUAACGAAGUUUGCGCUCGAUUUUUGAUCCAUUCUUUGCAUUAUCUCGCUGAAGACUCCCGUUUUGUGAUGGACAGAAACUGCAAACUUUUGAAGGACCAUCUUAUAAGACUUCGAGAGCUUUACGAUUAUCUUCGUGCUUCCAAAGAGAGCGUGAGUACUCCCACUGAGCCCGAGUUCCAGUGCUACUUUCUAUUGAAAGAAGGCCUUGACCAGCCGAAUUUGUUUUAUCGCACUCUUAUGAAACUUCCGAUGGCAGUGAGAAAAACUCGAGAAGUUGUAUUUGCGUGCUCCGUAAUGGAAUCAGAAAUGAAUUACGUCCGUUUUUUCAAGCUGGUGAGGUCUGCUAGUUAUCUGAACGCCUGCUGCUUAUCUUUUCAUUUUGAUAAAAUCCGAAAGAAAGCUAUCGAUGUUAUUAGCGAAUCUUAUGCGGGAAGAGGAAGAAACUUUAUAGCGAUCUCCAAGCUUCAGGAGUGGCUUCUGUUCGAGGACAACGUGCAUGCCAUCGACUAUAUGGCGCACUUUGGGAUUGGCUGUAAAAUAUCGGAUGACGGGCUCGAGGGAGUCCCUUCCUUCGAUUUUGGGCAGACUGGAGAGCGGACUAAGCUGAUUGGCCUGGGAAAUCCACCACUUAGGCGCCACCAAUCAAGUAUUGACUCAAAGAAGGGCGGCCUCUCGCUAAGCGACGUCUGUCUUGGACGGAGCGGGACAGCGGCCAUAUCUUCAACUGUUGCUCAUGAUACUGACAAGCUUCGCAUUUUUCGGCUCUGCAGUUCUGUCUGUGAAAAUCUAUUAAACUUAGAACUUCGGCAGCUCUUGUCUGACUCUCUUGACCUUCUUUUAAAAGAAAGAAGUCGCCAUUUGCGUUCUGCGAGUUUUUCUUUGACUGAAAAUAUUAUUAACGAAAUUGUUGAUAAUUUUAUCGAGCAAAUAUGCCUAAACUUAGUCAAAUAUCAGUAUUAUUCAAGCCAAAAAGCCACGACCAAUGAAGCGAAUACGUUGAAGAUAACAAGCGAAAUUUUGCGUGAAUGCACUGAAACUUUGCUAUAUAAUAUUUGUGAAUGCGCUCUUUCCUUCUGCACACGGAAAGAAAAUAUGGUGAAAGUUGCUUAUAAAAUGCUUUUAAAUGAGAUUAUGGAAAAACUUGUUAAAGAAGUACAUGGAUUUCAAAAGCUUCGUUACUUCCAUAAGCAAGUCGACUUUUGCAGAAAAUUCCUUAUUUUUAAGAAAUGGCGUAAAUUUUCUGCAAAAAAAGUCUGCACUCGCAGGAUAUUAAGUAACUUCCCUUUGGAAUCAUCUGUUCCUCUUAAAGAACGGGCCAAUUUUUUGAGAAUUGUUGAGCGGGAAGGCAGUCAAUUGCAAGCACCAGAGCAAAAAGCUUUAAAAAAGGGCUUUUCUGUAGACGCCAAUAUUUUGACCUCCACCUUUUCCAAGCCAAUCACUGCAAUGCUUGAAGAUAAGCAGCACCAGAAUAGCAGUUAUGCAGAAACUUGGAAGCUCCUUGUUUGUGUACCUCACGUGGCUUCUCCCCUUGUAAAUUCUCUCCGCAACACGUUUCUCGCGGACCCUGCUCUUGUGGAAGACGCCGCGUGCAGGAACUGCGCUUAUUUGCUUUGUACCUCAUCAAAUGGUCAUCGCAAGGCGUGUGUGCGGUGGUACGUUUAUUCCAGGGAACCUCCCUGUAGUUUCUGCACUGCAAAUGCUAGCCACUUUCAAGGAGUGACAUCUGUGCUGUUUCUAUUGGGCAGUUUACGGGCGGGCGAAGAUUCUGCCUCGUAUUGGAGUCGAAACGAAAAGUAUGUAGCAGCCAUUAUUGGACAGCUGCAGGGGCCUUUUAGCCUGGUAGUCCUCGUGAAUCCCGAGCAUCAUUUGUCCUUCACAUAUGAUUCCGCCUCUGUCUUGAAAAAACUGGGUUUGUCCAGUAGAGCGCGUGCGGCGGUGUUGGAGUUGUACAGCAGCCACUCUCCUAUAGUCUCAUGGGAAGACGCAUUGCUUUGGCUAUAUUGCAGAGCACCGGUCCUGCCUCAACCUGUCAUUCAGAUGCUGUCGAGUGUUUAUUGGUGGAUGGCUAGAUGCAUAUAUCUCCCAUUCGUCCAUAAAGUUAGCAGGUUGGGCGAAUCUGUAUCGGAUUUUGUAAAACAAAAUAGUCAUUCAUUGGUGCGUUACGAAGCAUAUUUACGCUGCGUUGGCACAUGUCUUUCCGCCUUAGCCAGUUUGUACAACUUUUUAGUAACUAAACUCCGUGAACUUUUUACCAAUCAAAACCUCUUGGCGAUUAACUGGCCAAUUACGGAGUUUGUUGAUCAAAAUCACGAAAGUCUUUUAAAGUGGAAGAGUAAAGAGUCCAUUGCGGCUCUGCAAGAGAGUCUCGACAGUCUUAUCAUGCCGGACCUUCCACCGCCACGCUCAUUCACACUGGAGAAGAUGGUAAAGGGAUUCUCUGAUUGGCUACGGGCGCCUCUUAGCGACUUUAAAAAUUCUGAAAGUUUGAGUGUUGGGAGCCUGCUACGGUUAAUAACAAGUAUCGGCAAUGGCAAUCUGCUUGACUUUACGGUCCUUUUCCACUGUAUAGAGAACUUUGUAUAUCUGAAGCACAUUCGCACUGCAUCAAUCAAUGCAGUUUAUCACCAGCAGCACAUGGACAAUUACUAUCAACUAGCAGAGCGCCAAGCCGACUCGUUGCUGCAGACUUUGCACGAGAAAUGUCAAAGUCUCUUUUUGCUUAAUGAACAUCACCAAGACGCCCCCGAUGAAAAGUGCAUAACUCAUUAUGACAAAAGUAGUGAAUACCUGAUAAAGAAAGAAGAAGGAAAAAUAAGUCUCAUGAGAGAACUUUUGCAGGAAAUGCAGCGAGACUUAAACUCUUUAAAGACUCUUUUUUCCUAUAAGAAACGUUGAAUAACUUG